AUGAAUACAGAUUCUUAUUUCCAGAUACUCAAAAAUGGUAAAAAGCAGUUUAUUAAUUGGGGUCUUAAAAGAUUAAAAGCAAAAGAUAAAGUGAUGCAGUUUGGGUUCUCCUGGAGCAGAUACCGAAUUGCAAAAGGUAUGUUGAAAAGUAAUACUCUGGAAGAAAACAAAAGUGGAGGCAGAACAUUCAAAGAAAAACCACAGGUUUCUAUUUCUAUCACUGAAAAGGUAAAAUCCAUGCAACAUGAUAAAUAGGAUAUAGCAGAUACGUGACAAAUUGUCAGAACUAUCACUUGCAAGUGUGAUUUAGAAGGAAUCAUGCCAAAUAUUACCAUCAGCUUGAGUCUCCCUACCAAUGGAUUUCCACUUGAGAAUAUUCUAGUUCAUCAUUGUGUGACUUCUCUUGACUCUGCCAUUCUGACUUUUAGUAGCACUGAUGCAAUGGAUGCUUCUGCAUUUAGUGGACCUUACAAAUUUCCAUUCACUUCUCUUGAGUCAUUCAACUUAUGCUACUAUACUUUCCAGGUCCCUGUCCCUCCAAUUGUGGAUUUUUAUCAAAUGAAAGAGGAAGGAGUAAAAAUAAAAAUAACAGUUAAUUUAAAACUUCAUGAACGUGUGAAAAAUAAUUUUGAAUUCUGUGAAGCUCAUAUACCUUUUUAUAACAGAGGCCCGAUUACAUAUGUGGAGUGCAAAGUUAGUUUUGGCCAGCUUGAAGUAUUUUCAGAGAAAAGCUUAUUGAUCUGGGUUAUUGGAUAGAAGGUCCCCAAAUUGAUGGAAGUUAGUCUUUCUUGAACUAUAACUUUUGGAGCCAAGAGUCACGGGAAGCAGCCAUUUGACCAGAUUUGCAUUGGAGGUACAUAUUUAAAACUUCAUUUUAGAAUCUUAGAUUAAUACUCAGCUCAAGUUUUUGCAUCAGGAAAACCAAAAAUAAGUACAUACUGGAAAUGAAUUUCUUCUGACUAUUGGAAUUCUUAAACUCCUGAUCCACUAACUCAUGGAUCAUUACUACUGUAA